UCACUGCUGCUGGUGCAGAACUGAAUGACGGAUGGAUUUAUGUUGUCAGGCUGAGGAGCAUCAGCAGCCUUUAUCACUUCCUCUCCUCUUCAUCCUUUGAUGACGAGAAGCAGGAGCAGCUCGGACUGCAGCUGAAGCGUCUAGUCCAGAUCACAAAUACAUAGAAAUCCAGAUGAAGCAGGAUAGUUCGGCUUCCUGGAAUCGUACAGUAAAGAUGAAAAUAAAGUCUGAAAACAUUUUUCCUCACAGCAGACUCUGAUUCACUCUGCUGGAGGAGGAGGGAGCGCAGAGAGGCGGUCUGUUUCUCACUUUGGCUUCCUGCACCACAGCUUCUCCGCCUCAGUCCGUGGAAAGUUCACGGAGGAUUUACCAGCGUGGGAGCAGCGGCAGCGCGCAGAGGGUCCUGUAAGGAUUGCAGCGGAGGUCGACACCAUGAGUGACUUCAACUGCAGGAACUGCAACGAGUCCCUUUAUGGAUGCAAAUACAUCAAGAUGGAGGAGGAGCCUCACUGCAUCCGAUGCUACGACCGGCUGUAUGCCAACACCUGCCAUGAGUGUAAGGAGAUCAUUGGUCACGAUGAGAAGGAGCUCAUGCACCAGGACAGAUUCUUCCAUGACCACUGCUUCAGAUGUUUUAGCUGCAACCGCUCUCUGGCCAAUGAGUCCUUCACCAUGCAGGGCGACGCUCUGGUCUGCAGCGACUGCUACUGCAGCCGGUUUUCCUCCAAGUGUGCAGCCUGCAACCAAACAGUCAUGCCAGGAUCCAGGAUGUUGGAGUAUGAGGGCUCCACGUGGCACGAAGACUGUUUUCUGUGUCACGGCUGCGAGAAGCCGAUCGGGGCCGAGGCCUUCGUCCCGGAUAAUGACAACUUCUACUGUGUGCCAUGCUACGAGCGGAGGGUUGCUCCACGCUGCAGCCACUGCAGAAAGGCUCUGACUAAAGGAGGGGUGACCUACAAGGAUGACGUUUGGCAUAAAGAGUGUUUCCUAUGCAGCAGCUGCAGAGCUCCUCUGGCCGGCCAGUCCUUCACCUCUCAGGGGGACAGGCCAUGCUGCAUCAAGUGUUUCGGCAACCUGUACGCCAAGAAGUGUGCCGGCUGCAACACGCCCAUCACAGGCUUUGGAGACGGGAAGUACAUUUCCUUUGAGGACCGUCAGUGGCACCAGCCGUGCUUCAAAUGUUCCCGCUGCUCCGUGUCGCUGGUGGGCUCCGGGUUCUUCCCCGACCGGGACCAGAUCCUGUGCACAGACUGCAACAGCGACGACUGAUGACCCAAACUUGCAGUGAAACCUCUGAACACUGGCUUGGCAUCACCAGAUUAACUGUAUUUACAGGUUUAAACCAGUUUGCAGCACUUUGGGUUUGUUUGACACAAAUAAUUAAAGGUGUGAUUUAAAA